AUGGCGGAGAGGGAAGAUGAUGGUGCAGCCUUUAGAUUAGUUAGGAUUAUAAAGAGGCACUUAGUCGAUUGGUGGUGCCAGCGAGCUGAGUUGGUGGCCGAAGCUAGCGUUCUUAGCGCUCUGCAGGAGCCACAGUUGAAGGAGGUCCAUGAUUUUCAGGAAAGAUUCACCGAACAAAUACAAUCAUACACUGAAAUUGAGGUUAAGCUCCAAAGUGAAAUCAACCUCCGCACAAAAGCUGAGACUUCCACUGCUUCAGCUGAGGAGAAAGCAAGUGUUUUAGAGGGAAAGCUAAGCCAUCUUUCUGAAAGCAUAGAGAGGGAGAAAGGGAAUCUCAACAACGAUCUUGCACAUAUCAGGAGGGAAUCUAAUCUCUCGGCUGCUAGAAUAACUGCUGAUCUUGAACGAAUGGAAUGUAGAGCUCAGAAUGCUGAGAAAGAAUCACAACUACUGAAAGGGCAGUUGGAUAAUCUUAAAAAUAAACUUAAUGAGUGCUUGCAACAUAAGAGUGAAGCGGAGACUACAUUAUCCAGAUUAACAUUCCAAGAAGUAACGAAUACAGACAAUGAUAUAUUGGUUAAACAUCUGCAGGAAGAGCUUAGAAACUUUGAAACUGAUGUGAGGGCAGCAAGAAAGCUGAAGUCUUCUCAUGAAGAUGUGAAGUUGUUGGAGGAAAAAUUAAGGGAAGAAAAGGGCUGUAGAGAGAGAGAGCUGAGUCAGAGUUAUUCAAAAUUACAAGAAUUUCAAUUAAGCAUGAAGAAGUUGAUGACCAAAAACAUUCCAGGUGUGUCACGUUGUGAUGAUAUACCUGUGAAGUUUGGAGCCUUACAAAAAGAGGUAGUUGAUAGCACUAAGAGGGAGGGGGAGGCAACUGCCCGCUUGAAACAGUUAGAGGUAGCUCUGGAUGCUGCAUUAAAUGGUAAACAAACUGCUGAAAGUGAGGCUGAACUGAUGAGAGCAAAGUUGGAGGUAACAAAAUCAGAGGCUGACAAGAUGCUUUCUAGGGUCACUGAGGAAAGAGAUAAGUUGAGAAAUGACAUCAAUGAAUUUAAGCGGGUAAAGAGUGAAGGUGCCGGAGAUGAAGCUAGCAGUCGAACUCUUCUCGAGAAGCUUGAAUCAUCUCUCGAGAAGAAGGAAGGCUAUAUUAAAGAAUUAGAUUCUGCUUUAUAUGAACAAAAGCAAGUUAUUAGUUGUCAACACGAAGAAAUAAAGUUGCUCAAUGAUAGAUUAAAAACUGAAGCAAGAAAAGUGAAGUCAUUGGAGAGGGAGGGUGAUCAACUUCGUUCAGAGAUCUCUCUGCUGGAGUCGAAGUUGGGCCAUGGUGAUUUCUCUGCUGCAAAUACAAAAGUUUUACGUAUGGUGAAUACUCUUAUAGUUGAUAAUGAAGCAAAACAAACUAUAGAGGCAUUAAGAACCGAACGGCAGAAGACUAAGGAGAGGUUACAAGCUGUUGAAGAAUUGAAAAGCCAGUCAGGUGAAUCUGGGAAAUGGGUGGAUUCAGACAUUUCUGGAAAGAUAGUACAGUUGAAAGAACAAAUUGCGACUCUUGAAAAAACGUGAGGAAAGGUACAAGACUGUUUGCUGACAGAAUUUCAGUGUUCAGGAGAGCAUGUUGUGAGCUUUUUGGUUACAAGAUUGUAAUGGAUGAACACCAGCGACCAAAUGGAAUCCCUGUUACACGUUUUACCCUUCAAUCAAUAUAUGCUCAAGGCGAUGAUGAGAAGCUUGAAUUUGAAUACGAAUAAGGGACUACAAACAUUAUGGCAAAUGCUUAUACCUCUCAGCGUGAGAUAUCUCAACAGGUUGAGAUAUUUAUUCGAAAGAUGAAUUCAAUCCCAGCUUUCACCGCUAAUUUAACAGUGGAAUCGUUCAACGGGCGAACCCUGAGCUAAAUGAUGAAGAAUUGUUUUCUUUGUUUGUAUUUUUUGAUUUUUUUUU